UUUUCUUAAUCAUUGAUCAUAAGAUUGGUCAUGCGAAUCAUUCAUUUUGACUUUGCCUUGUUCAUCACAUAAACAUAUACCAAGUUUAAGACCGCGCAUUCUACAGCCGGUAGUUUUCAUACGUCAAAAGUUUUAAAUAAAAGUAACUUUCUUUGUAGCCCUCUAGCAUUCAUUACUCUGCUGAAUCCAGUAGAGUGGAACUUGAGCCUGAAGUGCAACUUGAGUGGCAGAAGACACAGUCAUCCUUGUAGUGCCUGAUAAUAAGGUGUUAACCAAGUGGAAUAACGUGGCACAAGCUUCGAAGCGCCGAAGAUGGAGUUUGCUGCCCUGAUCGCUGUGUCCUUACUGAUUGGUGCUCUUAUUUUAAUGAUCGCUCUCACAGUGAGCAAGCAAAAAGGUGAAUUAAGUGAGCAAGUAGAAAAGAGAGAGGAAAUAUCAGCGGAGGAAAGUGCAAAGAAACAGCCUCCCUCAAAGAAGCAGAAACAACCUCAACGUCCACGAAAGGAAAGAGCGCAGCAACACACAUUUUCUCACCCGCUUCUUGCAUCCUCAUUGAAGAGCCACAGUGGGAAUAUAACGUGUCUGGACUUUAGCAGCAAUGGCAAGUACCUGGCCUCCUGUGCAGAUGACCGCACCAUCCGUAUCUGGAGCACUAAAGACUUUCUGGAACGGGACCAUCGGUGCCUACGGGCCAACGUAGAACUGGACCACGCCACCUUGGUCCGUUUCAGCCCGGACUCCAGAGCGUUCAUUACAUGGCUGGCCAACGGAGAGACCAUUCGGAUCUUUAAAAUGAAUAAGAAGGAGGACGGUACAUUCACUUUCAAAGCUGCCCCUGAGGACUUUCCUCAGAAACACAAGGGGGACGUCAUUAACAUCGGAAUAGCAGAAACGGGCAAGUUUAUAAUGAGUGCUUCGGUCGACACGACCAUUCUGAUCUGGGACCUGAAAGGAGAGGUUCUCGCUACAAUCAACACUAACCAGAUGACCAACUCGUAUGUUGCCGUCUCACCCUGCGGAAGGUUUGUUGCCUCCUGUGGCUUCACUCCUGAUGUGAAAGUGUGGGAGGUUUGCUUCGCCAAAACUGGCGAAUUCAAGGAGGUCACACGGGCAUUUGACCUCAAGGGUCACUCAGCCGGAGUUUACUCCUUUGACUUCUCAAAUGACUCCAGCAGGAUGGCGACUGUGUCCAAGGACGGCACGUGGAAACUGUGGAACACUGACGUGGAGUAUAAGAAACAGCAGGACCCUUACCUGCUCCGGACUGUGCCCUGCCAGGUGUCCGACGGCAGCCGGAUCGCCCUGUCUCCGGACGGUCGGGCCGUGGCCGUGUCCAACGGCUGCGACGUCGCCGUGUACAACGCCGCCACCGGAGAACUGGAGGAGGAGUUCCGCGGCGUUCACAGCGGCGAGAUCACCGACCUGAAGUUCGACGUCAACAACCGUUUCCUCGUAUGCAGCGGCGACCGCGCGAUUCGCGUCUUCCAUAACGUGACCGGUUACCGCGCCGCCAUCCAGGACAUGCAGACCAUGCUGAAGAAAGCGACUAACGAGGGCGUACGACAGAGGCUACAACAACAGAUCCAGGACGCCCAGAACGCUCUGGACUCUGUGCUCGCAGCACCAAAGAACUAAAGGGCUUGACUGGGUUUCCCUCUCUCACUGCCACUUCUCACUCGAUUGCCUGUUUGUUGUUUUCUCGCCGGAGUUAGGUGGCAUUUCGCAUGCGAGAUUUUAAUGAAUAAACCAUGAGUGUUUGUA